CUUCUCCUUAAGUUUUAUUGCAAGGUCUCAAGUAAGUCAAGCAAUCUGCUCAGGACGAGCCAUCCGACCUAUCUUUAGCCACUGCGAGCAAGUGAAUGGAGAGCCUGACUUAUCUUCACUGCUGUCAUCGAGGCUGCCAGUAUUUUUAGGGGACAGCAGCAGCUGCAAAAGCAUUUAACGGCCUUCUACGAACAAUGACACUAGGGGUGUCUCAGGACUAAACGCCACACAGAUUGUGGGACUGCUGGAGCGUUCUAAGGAAAGCUGUUUUAUAAGGCUAAAAUCAUCUUGAAAGGGGCAUGUAAAAGCUUUGGCAAAAUGGGCAGGUGACACUGACUAGAUGUUAAUGAGGAGGACUUACCGCAACUAACUUACCAAAGUGGAAAAGGAUUAUUCUUUUUUUUUUAAACCACUACCACUGGAAGUGAGGGCCAGUGAAGCAGGAGAAGCUGGUUGCCACGGAAUGUAUAUUGACAGUUGUCUCUAAGGACUGAAGAGAGACUUGAUAAACAGCUGGACAACAAAAUUCUUCCAGAGUAAUAUAUAGACUGAAUGCCUGUAGCCUGUCAGUCUGAGUGGAGGUUGGCAAGUGAGCAGGGAUGGAUGUGUUUGGUGGAGCGCCACGGUUCCUGGCCUACCCUCGUCCUGUGGUAGUACAAAGUGGCACAGAUGCAGUUCUGAAAUGCCAGAUUGGCGGGGAUCCCAGACCAGCAGUUAUAUGGGAGAGAAACAAUGAGAAGAUUCAUCCAGAGGGCAGAUACCGGGUGUUUGAAGAUGGCAAUGUCUAUAACCUUAUCAUAAGUUCUGUGACAAUGGAGGACAGCGGGCAAUACAUCUGCAAGGCCAAGAACUCCAUUGGAGAGACUUACGCAGCAGCCACUUUGAAAGUAGAAGGUGAAGCACAGGAGAUGGAAUUUCGGGAGGAAAACAAGCCCCGCUUCCUCAUCAAGCCCCUCUCGACUAGAGUUGGACGAGGAGAGGAUGCUGUGUUCUCCUGUAAGCUGUGGGGAAACCCUAGACCAGAAGUGAUGUGGGAGAAGGAUGGCAAGAAGUUGAAUGAGAUCUUUGAAAGCACACAUUUCGCCAUCAGCUAUCAGGAUGGAGGAUGGUUCCAACUAAAGAUUUUCAAGACAAGAGCACCAGAUGGAGGGGUGUACACAUGCAAGGCCAGGAAUGAAUUUGGAGAGAGUCUGGCAGGAGCUGUGCUGUUGGUGGAUGCUGGACCAGGACAUGAAGAUGAAGGGAACCGUAACGGUUACACUAACGGCCACUGGAAAGCACAUCAGGGAAAACAGAGAAGUGGUAGGCAGGUUGCGACAAGGCUGAAAGACGAUCCACUGCCAAACUCAGCCAAAGUGAAAAUGUUUGCAGUGACAGAAGGGAAACAUGCAAAGUUUCGGUGCUAUGUAACAGGGAAGCCAAAACCAGAAAUAUUAUGGAGGAAAGAUGGGAGACUUAUCUUGUCUGGGAGACGGUAUCUUUUGUAUGAAGACAGGGAGGGUUACUUCACACUUAAAGUUCUCUACUGCAAACAACAGGACAAUGGAGUUUAUGUCUGUUCUGCUUCAAACACUGCAGGGCAAACCCUGAGUGCUGUACACCUUAUCAUCAAAGAGCCACCUGUUCGAUUUAAGCAACCACUGAAUGACUUGCAAGUAUGGGAGAGAGACUUGGCUGUUCUUGAGUGUGAAGUUCCUGAGGACUCUGUUCCAAUCACCUGGUACUUAGAAGACAGACGACUACAGCCUGGAGCCAAAUAUGGGAUGGAGGAAUGGGGCACAAAGCGACGACUCACAAUUCGUGAUAUUGGAGUUGAUGACGAUGGGAUAUAUCUCUGUGAAAUGGCUGAUGGGGGCAGAAGCAUUGCUGAGGUAGCAGUCAAAGGUACCAUUGUAAGAAAGCUGCCACGAAAAGUUGACGUUCUAGAGGGGGAAAAUGCAGCCUUCUGUGUAGAAGUGGAGGAGGAGGAAAUGGACAUUCAUUGGUACAAAGAUGGAACAGAACUAAGGGAAACCCAUCAGACCAUUAUCAAAUCCUUUGGAAGGACACACAUCUUGGUUUUUGUCAACACCACACCACAAGACUCUGGUAUGGUCAUGUUCUAUGUGGGUAGAUCGAAGACGUCAUCACAGCUACGGGUGAAAGCUGCAAGGCACUGUCCACCAAGCUGUCCAAUCGGAGUACAGAUUAACACAGAAAGAGCAAAUGCAGCCCUCCUUUCCUGGUUUCCAGCACAAGACUCUCGGAAGAAUCCACCUUCAGGGUAUAUAAUUGAGAGGCAAGAGGUUGUUGGCUCACAGGAGUGGCUGCAAUGUUUGACCACAGACUCUGCAACCUCAGUGGAGAUUCUUGGUGACAGCGUUCCAUGCGAGGCAGACUACAGAUUUCGGAUAUGCAGUGUCAACAAAUAUGGAAGGAGUGGGAAUGUAGAGUUUCCACGAGCAGUUCACCUUGUCCCAGUUGCCAGAAUACAAGCACCUCUACAAGACGCUUUAGUGCCAGAGGGCCAGGAUGCCUGCUUUACCAUUGAGCUGUCUGCCUCGGUUAUAGGGACUUGGUUCUUAAAUGGAAAUCAGCUUCAAGACGAUGACCGUUUCUCCAUAAGGCGUUCGCGUACACACCAGUCCCUACGCAUUCGUGGGGUACGGGACACAGACAAUGGAGCAGAGAUCACCUUCAUUGCCUAUGGAAUUCGAGAUUCUGCUGCUUUGUAUAUACAAGCUCCACUGGUAAAAUUCACUCCACUUUCUGAAAUGGAUCGAAACAAGUUUGUGGAGGUUGGCAACCCUAUUGUUCUCUACUGUGAGCUGUCAGACCCUGAGGCUCCAGUUCGUUGGUAUAAGAAUGGUGUUGAACUUCAAUCAAUGGAAGGUCUGCACAUCCAGUCAGAGGGAACAAUGAGGAGGAUUGUCAUCCAAUCAGCUGAUUUCUCCCACUCAGGAGUUUAUAGUUGUGAUGCUAUUGAUGAUGUCAUCAGGUUUAACGUGGAGGUUGAGGCUCCACCAGUGAGGUUCUCCAUUCUUCCGGACCAUGAGAGGAACAAGUCCAUUGAAGCAGGCUCACCGAUAGCACUGCAAUGUGAGCUCUCAGAUCCACUCGCCCAGGUCUCCUGGUAUAAAGAUGGUGUGAAGAUUCUACCGCAAAGUGGACUAGACUUCAAGUCCAAGGGCAUAAAGAGGCAACUGAUUGUCCAGUCAGCUGAAUUUUACCACUCAGGGGUGUACAGCUGCAAGACAAGGGGGGAUGCUGUACACUUCAAUGUGGAUGUUAAAGCUCCACCGGUGAGGUUCUCUGCUGUUCCUGAGGUUAAACGGAGAAAGUGCAUUGAACCAGGCUGCCCCAUUGUCCUGCAGUGUGAAGUUUCAGACUCUACUGCACAGGUCCAGUGGUACAAAGAUGGGUAUCAGCUCCUUGUAGAAUCUGGAGUAGACAUCAAAUCAAAUGACCGCAUGAGAACACUCAGUAUUCAAUCAGCACACCCUUCUCAUGCCGGUGUGUACAGCUGCACAACAAAGGAUGAUGUCAUCAAGUUUCAUGUGGAGAUACGAGCUGCACCAGUGAGGUUCUCAGCUGUUCCUGAAGUUGAGACGAAUAAAUGCAUUGAAGCUGGUGGCCACUUUGAACUCCACUGUAAGGUCUCAGAGCCUACAGCCCAAGUCAGCUGGUUCCACAACGAUAUGGAGCUUCAACCCGAGACUGGUUUGGAUAUUCAGUCAGAGGGAGAUGUAAGGACACUGGUAGUCAAUCCAGCUGAGCCCAGUCAUUCUGGAUUGUACCGCUGUGAAUCAUCCGACGACUCUGUCCAUUUCACUGUGGAUAUCAAAGACCCACCGGUGAUGUUCUCAACAUUACCAGACACAGUGAAGAACCAGCUGGUUGAAGCAGACUACUCCACUGAUUUGCACGGUGAGAUCUCAGAUCCAAAUGCCAAUGUGUGUUAUUACAAGGAUGGUGUAGGGCUUGUCUCAAAAAGUCAGCCUCAUAUCAAAACGGAGUGUACCAGGAGGACGUUAGCUGUCAAGACAGCACAGCCCUCUAAUUCUGGAUGGUACGACUGUCUGAGAACGGGUGAUGUCAUCCAGUUUAAUGUACAAGACCAAGUGCCACCACCAACAUUUUUGGCUGAUCCUGAAGUUGAGAAGACCAAAUGCACUGAAGAAAUGGAACCUGUUCCACCAGGUUAUGAAAUUUCAGAUACCACUCCGUAUAUCAGCGAGACAAAAGAAGAGAAAGUCAUGCUUUCUCAAUCUGAACUGGAACCUGAAUUUGAACCUGAUUUGGAACUUGAAUCCAAAUCUGAAUAUGAACCAGAAACUGAACCUGAAGUUCACUCAGAUGCAUCCAGAGGAACAGUAAUCAUCCACACACCAGAGACAUCUCUUUUCGAAGUAAACAGCCAAAAGAUACCAGAUGAUCCCAUCCCAUUUGAAAUGGACCAAGCAGAACUGUCUCACUAUGAGGUGUUCAGUGGUGAGACCUAUGAUGACUCUGUCCAGUGCACUGUGGAUAUUAAAGAAGAGUUCCUGAGAACAUCAGCAACUGAGGCUGAGAUCAGAUCUGAAAAAGAGAACAACAAUUUCCCGACAGAAAGAUCUGGAGAAGAGAUUCAGUGGGAUACCCCAGUGUCUGUAGCUACAACCUUCAGAUUGAUUGAAGAGGAACAACAGCCAGAACCAAUGCUACAACCACUGCUACAUCCAAUACUACAACCAGAACUACAACCAAUGCUACAACCAAUGCUACAACCACAUCUACAACCAAUGUUACAGCCACAGCUACAACAAAUGCUACAACCAAUUGUACAACCAGAGCCACAACCAAUGCUUCAACCAACUGUACAACCAGAGCUACAACCAAUGCUACAACCACAGCUACAAAGGAUACUACAACCAGAUCUACAACCACAGCUACAACCGAUACUACAACCAGAGCUACAACCACAGUUACAGCCACAACUACAACCACAGUUACAGCCACAACUACAACCACAGCUACAACCACAACUACAAACAAUGCUACAACCACAACCACAAACAAUGCUUAAACCACAGCUACAACCAGCUAACCAGAUAAAUACUUCAGUUUCUGAAGAUGAAGGCUCGCCUCACAUCACAAUACAAGAGAGUGACAUGGAUCGAGAUGUCUUAGCUUUUAAGGUGGAUGUUGAAGCUUCGAAGACAAAUUCCACACCAAUUUGUGGAAUGGAUGAAAGCAUGGACGCAGACUGUUCCAGUGUACCGCUAACUGAGAAAUCUGAACACACAACCCAAGAAAAACCUACAUCCUGCCAAGAAGAGGAGACAACUGUUAUGUUCAAUAAACCUAAAACACAGAAAGAGCUCAUCCAGUCAUCAAAGAUGUGUUUGCAAGAAGCAUAUGAGACCAAGGAUGUUACCAAGGAUGAAUUUGUUGUACAUCAAGAGGAAGUGAAAGAACCUUGCCAUAAAGUAGAAUUCUUUACACUACCACCAGAAGAUGAAGCUGUCAGACCCAUUGAAGGUGAUUCUCCAGUUCAUUGUUACAAGGACAGAAUACAGUUCUACUCUGAAAAUGGACAUACACUUGAAUCAGAGGAAAGUGUGCGAAGACUGAAUGUUCCAGUUAUAGGCUCGGGUCAAUCAGGUGUAAACAACUACAAGGCAAAGGAUGAUGACAUAAAAUUUAAGGUGGAUGUCAAAGCUACAUCUUUGCAAACUUCAACUAUCCAUGAGACUGACAGGAGCAAGUCAAAUGAUGGAACAGAUAUUGCUAAUUUUCCACAACCUGAGGUAUCGAGCACAAUGGCAGAGGUGUGCUGGUACAAGGAAGGUGGGGAACUCCAAGAAUGCGACAUUAUCACCCAAUCUAAGGAGACUUUCAGAGCUCUUGUGAAAACAGCCGAGCCGUCUCACUCUGGAGAACAUGCUUGUGAGACAGAUGAUGUCACCGUCCAGUUUGCAGUGGACCUACCAGCUCCACCCGUGACGUUCUCCAGUGUCCCUGAGGCUCAGCGGACCAUAUGCAUUGAGUCAGGAAGACCCUUUAAACUACAAUGCGAAGUCUCAGACCCUGAUGCACAAGUCUGGUGGUACAAAGAUGGGAAUGAGUUGCUUCCUCAAGAUGGUAUGGUUACUGUGUAUGAGGAAGCCAUGAGAACAGUCUCUGUGCAAAGUGCUGAAUUAUGUCACAGCGGAACUUACAGCUGUCAGACAAACAAUGACGCCAUCUCAUUCCUUGUGGAGAUCAAAGCUCCAUCACUGAAGUUCAUUCCAAUUUCAGAAGUGGAGAAGAACAAGUCCACUGAUGUAGACUCACCAAAUGUUCUGAAAUGUGAUCUAUCAGACGUUACCACAGAGGUGCUCUGGUGCAAAGAUGGUAGAGAGCUGGCCCCAAACCCUGGGCUCAAUUUCCAAACAGAUGGAAAUAUGAGGAAACUAACUUUUCAAUCAGCAGAAAUGUCUGAUACUGGAAACAACACCUGUCAUGCUUCAGGUGAUACUGUAUCAUUCAAGGUGGACAUUCAAGCACACCCUGUUAGGUUCUCAGCACUCCCAGAAAUUGCAAGGAACAAGUUUAUCGAAGCAGGCUGUCCCAUUAUACUUCAGUGUGAAAUCUCAGACCCUACUGCCCAAGUUUCCUGGCUCAAAGAUGGAGUCGAACUCCUACAAGACAGUGGACUUGACAUCCAGUCCGAGGGCACUAUGAGGAGAAUGAUCAUCCAAUCAGCUGAGCUCAAAAACUCAGGCAUGUACAGCUGUGAGGCUGUAGAUGAUCGCGUAGCAUUCAAGGUGGAUGUUGCAGCUCCACCAGCGAUGUUCUCAGCUGUUCCUGAGAUUGAGAAGAACAAGUCCGUUGAAGCAGGCUGGCCAAUCAUUCUCCAAUGUGAGAUAUCUGAUCCUACAGCCGUGGUCCAAUGGUACAAGGAUGGAUUACAGCUCCUACCUCAAUCUGGGGUUAACAUCCAAUCACAGCACACCACGAGGACACUGGUUAUCCAGUCGGCAAAUGUAUCCCACACUGGGUUUUACAGUUGUAAUACUGCUGAUGAUAUCAGCGAAUUUUUUGUGGAUGUUAAAGCACCUCCUGUGACAUUUGCCUACAUACCAGAAGAUGAUCUGCACAGAAAUAUUGUGGAACAAGACAAUCUACUCCUUUGCUGUCAAGUGUCCAGGUCAGAUGCUUCUGCACAAUGGUACAAGGAUGGAGUAGAGCUAAAGCCUAGUGACAACGUCCUCAUAGAGGCAGAAAACACUAUACGAAGACUGAUCGUCCUGUCAGCUCAACUCACAGAUUCUGGGAUGUACACCUGUCGUGCUGGAGAUAGUGCAUUAACAUUUAAAGUUAAUGUAAGAGAACCUCCAGUGAUGAUUGUAUAUCCCAAGGAAGAUGUCCACCUUGAUCGCUAUGUUCCUGAAGAAAUUGUCCUCAGCUGUGAACUUUCACGGCCAAAUGGAAAGGUGACAUGGUUCAAGGAUGGACAGAAACUACAGGAGAGUGAAAACAUAAAGCUAAAGUCAGAGGGUCCGUACAGACGAUUAAAAAUUCUGCGCAGUGGUGUUGAGGACUCAGGAGAAUAUGUCUGUGACACAGCUGAUGAUUCAAUAUUCUUCAAUCUAAACAUUAAAGAACCACCAGUGCGCAUAGUUUCUCCAAGCCAGUCCCAAAUGGAACUUUGCCAACAGACUUCUGAGAGGAUGGUCCUGAGCUGUGAAAUCUCUAGACCGAACGCCACUGUACGUUGGUAUCGAGAUGGACUUGAAGUGGAGGAGAGUGACAGCCUAAUUCUGGAGGUUGAUGGUGUCUAUAGGAGACUUAUUAUCCCAAAACCCACUGUCAAAGACUCUGCAGAAUAUGUCUGUGACACUGCUGAUGACUCAGUGACCUUCUUUGUAAACAUCGCAGAGCCACCAGUUAGAUUUAUUCGACCAAGGAAAAUGGCUUAUGGAGUAGAUAAACUUGUUGGGGACAUUGUGGUUCUUGAGUGUGAAGUGUCUCGACCAAAUGCUGAAGUUAGUUGGAAGAAGGAUGCAGAAGAGAUUGAGGAGAACAGCAACAUAACUAUCACAGAGGAUGGCACAAGUCGACAGUUAACCAUUCACUCCGCAACUUUUGAGGAUGCAGGGCAAUAUGUCUGUGAUGCUAGAGAUGAUGUGAUGGAUUUCCUAGUGAAAAUCAAAGAUCCACCACUAAAAAUUCUGCGGAAAGCUGACAUAGAAACAAAACGCAGAUUUGUAGUAUCUGAUGCCAUUGUGUUAAAAUGUGAGAUCUCAAGACCAAAUGGGGUGGUCAGUUGGCUGAAAGACAAUGAAAAGAUUGAGGGAAAUGAGCAUUUCAUCUUUGAAGAGGAAGGAACAUUCAGAUCCCUGAUUGUCCUGAGCGCUGAGUUGAAGGACUCAGGGGACUACAUGUGUGAUGCACAAGAUGAUAAUGUUAUCUUUAGUGUUACUGUAGAAGAGGCUCCAGUGUCUAUUGUUGGAAAUUCAGAGAAGCCAGAACACCACAUUUUAAUGACAGGAGAUGAGCUUAUCCUGGAAUGUGAGGUAUCCCGAGUAAAUGCCAUAGUCCAGUGGUACUUCAAUGGACGUUUACUGCAAGAGGACUCACGCACACACAUCAAAAGCAGAGACACAACGAGGAAGCUUGUGAUAUCAGAACUUCAGACAUCUGACUCUGGAGACUAUCUGUGCGAUGCCAUUGAUGACAAAAUGACCACUAGACUAACAGUUCAAGAACCACCAUUCAAAUUCAUCAAAAAAGAUGAAAGAACAAAUAUUUCAGCCUAUGAAGAAGACAGUGUGACACUACGUGCCACUGUUAACAGGGUCAAUGCCUCGGUUAAAUGGCAGAGAGGCCAUGAUCCAGUCAGAGGUGAUCGUUUCCACACAACAAGUGAUGGUAACAGUCACUACCUCACUAUUAACCCUCUUAAGAGAUGUGAUACUGGAGAAUACACAUGUCAUGUGGGAUCUGACAAAAUGCAAUUCAGUGUCCACAUAAAAGCAAUGAAAGUGAAAUUCUCCAAACCACUAGACAACGUAGUGGGACUCAAAGGUAGUGAUGUGGUUUUAAAAUGUGAACUGUACAAGUCAAAAGGAGAUGUUCAGUGGCUUAAGGGCAGCCAAGAGAUCGCACCAAACAGACAUUUUACAAUCAGAGCUGAGGGUCGAGUGAGAAGCCUGACUAUACAUGAUGUGACAGAAGAUGAUGCAGGAGAGUAUGCUUGUGAAUCUAAAGAUGAAAGGACAUCGGCAACUGUAGUGGUCAACGUUCCUCGCAUUGUGGAGUUUAUUGGAGAGCUACACAACAUAACUGUCAUGGAAGGAGAAGACGCAAUAUUUAAGUGUGUGGUAUCUCCAGAGGAUGCAAAGUUGGCCUGGUUUAAGAAUGGCCAGCCGAUUUCAUCAAAUGAGAAGUUCAACAUCUCAAGUAAUGGAUUAUGCCAUAUGCUGCAUAUCAACAACUGCGUAGUCUCAGAUAGCUGCAAGUUGACAGCCGAUGCUGAAGGUGUGAUUUCCAGAGCUAUCCUACAGGUCCAAGAGGCUCAGGUGCUUUUCACGAAGAACAUGGACCCGGUGGUUGCAGAGGAGUUUGGUGAGGCAACACUUGAGGUGGAGGUCAGCCUUGAGACUGCGGAGGUGCAGUGGAUGAGACAAGGAGUGGUUAUACAUCCAGGGUCCAAAUUCACCCUGAAGCAGAAUGGCCGAAAACGUUCUCUCACAAUCCACAAACUCACCCUUUCAGACCGCGGCACCUACAGCUGUGAAACGCUCCAUGACCGCACACAAGCCAAGCUCACUGUGGAACCACGAAAAAUCAAGAUUCGGAAAGGUCUAACUGAGAUCCAGACUUACGAACGGGAGACGGCUUCUUUUGAGGUGGAGCUGUCACAUGGCAAUGUGGAUGGUGUGUGGCAGAAGGAUGGACACAUUCUCAAAAACAACAACCGCUUGCGUAUGACAGCAAAAGGACGAGUACACAGCCUAACCAUCGCCAACCUGACCUUGGAUGACACUGGCAGCUACAUAUUCUCUGUUGAGAACAUCAGAUCACGCGCAAGAUUGGAAGUUAAAGAAAUUCCAGUAACAAUUCUGAAAAAGCUUGAGGAUAUCAGGCAACCAGAAGGAUCUGGCAUAACCCUUGAAUGUGAGCUCUCACGCCACAACGUGGAAGUCAAGUGGACAAAGAAUGAAGUUCAGCUUAAACCAGGAAAGAAUCAUCGCAUUUACUCGAUGGGAAGAAAGUGCUUUCUACAGAUACUGAAGUGUGAGCUGGGAGACUCUGGUUUAUAUGUGUGUGAUGCUGGGGAUGCCACUACCUCCUGUUCAGUGGAUAUCUAUGAGAGGGAGCUUGAGAUACUACAAAGCUUAGAGGAUCUGGAUAUUCAAGAAGGUCAGAAUGCAGUGUUCAUGUGUGAAGUGUCCCUGGACGAUGUGCCCGGAGAGUGGUAUAAAAAUGCCGAGAAGAUAAAACCAACCAGUACCGUUAAGAUUCGUCAGGAAGGGACAAAGCACUUCCUCCUCAUAUGCAAUGUUAAAGAAGACGAUUCUGGAGAGAUCAAGUUUGUUGCCAAAAAUCUCGAGACUACAGCUAACCUUGAGGUGGAAGCACUACCAGCAAACAUUGUGAAACCACUUCAAGACAAGACUGCUCUGGAAAAGACCCGCGUCAUACUGGACUGCACUGUGACCAAUCCACGUUGCAGCAUUCGCUGGUAUAAGGGACCGAAUGUCAUCCUGCCCUCAGAGCGCUUUGAGAUCUGCAGUGAAGGGUGCUAUCGAAAACUUGUGAUUCAGCAGGUGUUGCAAGAAGAUGAGGGCACCUACAGUGUCCAAGUUGGAAACUACACAUCUUCAGCAAAACUAACUGUUGAAGCUCAGUCAGUUCUAAUAGUGAGAGAGCUGCAGGAUGUGGAUGUGAUCGCUCCUGCAGAUGCAAGCUUUGAAUGUGAAGUAUCUUUGCCUGUGGACAAGGCACCUACCUGGACCCUGAAUGGGGAGACACUGCAUCCUGGUCCUAAAGUUGUGGUGGAGAAAAAUGGAACCAUUCAUAGGCUCAUUCUCAAACAAACAUCCGAAGACAUGAGCGGCACAGUAUGCUUUAUCACAGAGAGAGUCAAAAGCACCGCACAUCUGAAAGUCAUAAGUAACCGCUGAGCUGUAAUACUCGACUACGCCACUUUUUAAAUACAAAAAUACCAAAUGAAAUGAUGAAACUAUUAUCUGUUUUAAUGUGUCUGAUAGAGAUAGGAUUAUCAUUAAUUUAUUUGAAAUGCAAAUUUAAAAUCGUUAUUAUGCUGUUUUACACAUCGUAUCCUGCUCUACAUUCAUUACAUAAUAAUUGUCAAGUUUUUCUAAAUUUAUUAUCUCAAACAUUGUGCUUAAUAGGCUACACAAAACGAACAACAGACACCCAGACGUGUAUUUCAUCCAUGUUGUUACUGCUUAAAUGUCUUGCACAUUAAUUUGGUAUUUAAUUUAGAAAUUUGUGUACUACUGUAUAUCCUUGUAUAGAUAUGCUUUGUGUCGUUUUUUAAAUUCUUGUUUGUGGGAUGCAGAUUGAAGUGAGGUUAAGGCGAAAUAAAAAUCUGCAGGGCCAAAGAUGAUCAAAAGAGGGUUUGGGACGGAAAGUAACUUUAGCAUAUAUAACAAAUACACUGAAUUCAAUAAUACAGACGUUUUACAAGCUAGAGAAACAUUUACAAAUAAAUGAAAACGGUUUUGAUAGCUUUAGUUGUUUGCUUCUGUUGUAAUCAGAAGGUAUGUCACAAUUUUUGCCUUUUUCUGAAGAAUCCAGAUUUCCAAAAGUGCUGCAAUUUUCCCUUGUUAAGCAAUAUCUUUCAAUAAAACUUAAAAUCAAAUUUC